CAACAAUUAUUUUUUCAUAGGUCUCUAGUGGAUAUGCACUGACAGUAUCCUUUCAAAAAAUUUUAGACGUUAAGCAUUAUCGUCACACUCAUGAAAGCCUACGAUUAGCCCAAACUUUAUACAAAACCCUUUAAUGUAUAAAGCGGAAGUUUCGUUGGUCGUGAUUAAUGGUUAUAUGUGGAGGUUUUGUGCUGGUUGAUGUUGUCAUCCAGUUAAUUUAUUCUUACUAAAGCAGACUGAAGAUGGAGGAUGAAGACUUUUUACUCGCUCUUCGUUUACAAGAGCAGUUUGAUCAGGAGACAUCGGCUGUUGGAUGGAGUGAUGAAGACUGUCCAUCCAGUAAAAGGCGUAAAAUUGACUCCUCUGGUCUGAUGGAUGUGAUUCCUUACUCUCAGGCCAGACCAGAGAGACCGCUGUCCAUCGUGGAUGAGUCGUGGGAGACCCUGGACCCCAAUCCAGACAUAAGAGCCAUGUUCCUGCAGUUUAACGACAAGUUUUUCUGGGGGAAACUCAGCGGUGUGGAGGUGAAGUGGAGUCCGCGGAUGACACUAUGUGCUGGUGUUUGCUCUUAUGAGGGAAGAGGAGGCUUAUGUUCUAUUCGUCUCAGUGAACCACUCCUGAAGCUCAGACCCCGAAAAGAUCUUGUACAGACUCUUCUUCAUGAGAUGAUCCACGCUCUUCUCUUUGUGACUCAAAACAACAGAGAUCGAGAUGGUCACGGACCAGAGUUCUGUAAACACAUGGACAGAAUCAACCAAGCAAGCGGCACCCACAUCACUAUAUAUCACUCGUUUCAUGAUGAGGUUGACGUGUACAGGCAGCACUGGUGGCGCUGCAAUGGACCCUGUCAGAAUCGCCGGCCAUUCUUUGGUUACGUAAAGCGUGCAAUGAACAGACCUCCCUCGCCCAGAGACCCCUGGUGGGCUGAGCACCAAAGGACUUGCGGUGGAACAUACACCAAGAUCAAAGAGCCAGAGAAUUAUGGGAAAACAGGCAAAACCGACAAAAAGAAAGACAAUAAUCCUUCCAAUGAGACUUCUAAGGAUUCAAGGCCUCCCAGAAGCACAACAGGCUCUGGCUCACAAGACAUCAGAAAUAUCAUUCCAUUCAGUGGGAGAGGGUUUAUUCUUGGAGGAAACAUGCAGACUUCCACAAACAAGCAGAGUCAGAGUCCUCCCAAAGCUCAACCCGAACCUCUGGUCUCUCCUCCUGACUCUCCACUCCUUCCGAGACUACGGCCCUUUGAGACAAACUUGUUCAAACGAGUCGGCUCAGGUGCAUCGAAUGUUCCCCGCAAGAAGUCUGUUGGCAAUACUAAUGCCUUUAUCAACGUCAAUGGCUCGCCUGUGAGAAUUUCCAAAGGCAAUGACUUAAGAGGCAAGCAGAGGUCAGUACGAGAUCUUUUCCAGGCCAUAGUCCUCAAAUCUCCAGAGAGAGCAGCCAGUGCUUCCAGUUCCUCCAAGCCUGACACAGAAGCCACGGCAGCAAACCCUGCUAAAUGUAAUGGACCAUCUUCAUCUAGUGCCAAAACAAGCCUGAUCAAUAACCAUCAUUCAUCCACCACCACAGGGCCAAAGCCUGGCUCUACAGAGUCGAACCUCUCCAAAUAUUUUGGAAGCAGUGCUAAAACAGAAUUCCCAGAUUCAAAGUCAAAAGCUUUUGGAAGCCCCCAAAAGUCUGCAGCUAGCACACCAGGUUACGUUUCUAAGUUCUUCGGAAGUAACCAAAAACUAGGGUCCGAUGCUGCAAGUUCAGGAUUCCGAAACACUGGCAGUCCCCAAAGUUCACAUACUUCAACUACUUCAGGGUCCAAGCACUUUGGAGGCUCUGGAAAGCCUGAAUCCAACUUUCCAAGCCCAAGAUCCAUUGGCAGCCCCCGGACAUCGGGGACUACGCCUUCAGGAGCCAAGAAAAGAUCAUGGGAAGACCAUAACUCUGAACAUAUCUUUGAUUACUUCCAGCGGACAGUCGGUGAGUCUGCCACGUCCGCAGUGCAGCAGAGAGAGAAGGUCGGAGACACCGUUUGGCCUGCAGUCUGGGAUCAGCAAGCAAACAAUCCUCCAGUCCAAAUCACCGUCCACUGCCCUGUGUGCCACAUCAAAGUACCUGAGUCGACAAUUAAUCAACAUUUAGAUUCCUGUCUGUCAUAAUCUAGACAAUCUAAACAUAAAGUAGAAGGCCAUAGGGCUUUACUAAAGCUAGGAGAGGUGUUUUCUAUGGUAUUCCUUUGCUUAAAACUCAGGUAUAGCUGUAAAUAGAAAGAUUAUUUUAUGUCAUAGUGCUGAGAAAUUGUCUUCCAAUGCAAUAACUAUAUAAGUCACAGCUCUUAAAAUAAAUGUAUGUCUUUAGCAGAACAAUAGCUCACAAAACUUCCCACAUUUCAUUCUGUACUAAUCUAAUUACUGGCUUAAUCUACCUCAUUUUUGUAAAAAGAGAGCAUUUGCAUCAUGGCAAGAAUGUUGGGCGUGGUCAGCACUGAUUGACAGCUUAGUUGAAACUGAGUGAGUGGUUUAAAGAGACGUCACUGUCCUUGUGCGGGUUGAUGUCCGCGGUUCACGCUGAUUCAGCAGUACUGAAUUUUGCACGUGCUGGCUCUCCGCUGUGGGAUUUAGAUGUGCUUAGCUUUUCUGCCGGAUCAGGCUUUGCAAGAUCGCUUUCAUCUCAGUGUCAUCAAUAACAGCUCUGUCAGGUUGUCCCAUGAGUGGGGGCGGAGCUUGUCCCACCUUCUGCAUAAAAAAUUCACAUAUACUUUGUGCCUUAGAGGAAUGCACACAUUCAAAAAUUAACCCCACCCAGAUGUGAAUAUUAAGGUGUGCAGGUUAACACCUCGUGAUGUAAUAAUAGUCAUGAUGUAUUGUUGUGUUUCAAAUCCAGCGACCCACCUUAGAGGAAACAAUGCCUGAUGAUGAUGUCACGCCGCUCAUGUUACACCUAGAACACGCAGAUGUUACUUUUGGCGUGGUUCACUUAUAGGCCCAAGCGCAUAAUAUUGAUUUACCUGCAGGACGCAGUGAUUUGUUAAGUGUUUUCAUGCUCCAGGCAUCGGUGACGUAAUUUGUAAUGUAUGCGUGCGGUUCCAACAUGCACUACAGGUUCUGAUAAAGGCAAACUGUGAUGGUAAUGCAUCAUUCUCUGUUGGGAGUGAAAACUUUGCACAAUUUACUGUUGGCCGAUUUAGGGCCAGACUUUUUGUUUUAAAAAAUGGUUUUAUAUUGAUUUAUACUCUAUUUUAAUAUAAAAUUGAGAAGUUAAUUAAGUGGUUUUAAAUGUUUGUGUGUUGUUUUUGUUAAAUGUUGAUUGGAUUUUCUAUCGUGUUUUAAACUCAAAAUUGUGCCUGAUUUAGGUUUGACUGUUGCUUUUGUUAACUUUGUUGUUUAAAUAAAUGUUCACUUCAUUAA